GCCAGAAUAUUUCAUUGGAACUUCAUCAACAACCCAUAUAGUAGAUUUAGAAAGUAUCGUUUCGAAUAAAGAGUUUUCCACUACCCUAAAAAAAGAAGGCAAAGUUAGACCUAUUUCGAUUCUUCUUGUUGAUGGUGGACCCGAUGAAAACCCAAAGCGUAUGAAAAAUAUUAUUCAAUAUGCUCACCUUUUCUGUAUUCUUAAUCUAGACUACUUGACGAUUCGUAUUCAUGCUCCAGGUCAAAGUGUGUAUAAUCUGGUCGAACGCAGUAUGGCUUCUUUGUUCGCAAAACUUGCUGGUAUCACUUUACCUGUGAGGGAAUUCGGAUCACAUCUAAAUAGUCAAGGGAAAGUAGUAGAUGAAGUGAAUAACAUACAUGGAAAACCUGUGAUGGUGGAAUAUGUCGACCAGGAGAGACAUCCAUUCAAUGAUCCUAAGCCUUCAAUAUCAUGGGAGUGGAUUGAGGAUCAUAUGCAGAUGUGUCGCUAUUCACUGGAUAUAAGAAAAUGUAAAAAUAAUGAAUGUUAUGGU